AUGACAGAGGGCAACGUGGGUAAAAGAGACAUGCGACACCCAGCCCCGCAUCACUGCCACCUCAUCCUGGGUGGGGCCUUGGUGCUUCUCCUGGUCAGCUCAGCCCUCAGCUGCCCCGCCCGAUGUGAGUGCUCCGCCCAAAGCAAGUCGGUUAGUUGUCACCGCAAGCGCCUGUCCACCAUCCCUGAAGGCAUCCCCAUCGAAACGCGCGUCCUGGACCUCAGCAAGAACAAACUACGCAUCGUCACACCGGAUAACUUCUCUUCAUUCCAGCAGCUGGAGGACCUUGAUCUCAGUGACAACCUCAUCAGCGUGGUGGAGCCCGGCUCGUUUCGCUCUCAGCUUGCUCUACGCUCGCUCAACUUCCGCAGUAACGUGCUUCAGCUGAUUCCUGCCGGCGUACUGUCCGGCCUGACCAACCUCACCCGUCUUGACCUCAGCCACAACCGACUGGUGGUUCUCCUGGAUCAUGCCUUCCAAGAUCUGCGCAGGUUGACAUCCCUGGAGGUGGGUGAUAAUGAGCUAGUUUUUGUCUCUCAGAGGGCUUUUACAGGGUUACUUGGACUCCAAAUCUUGACCCUGGAACGUUCCAACCUGACCGUGGUCCCUACUGAGGCUCUGGCACAUUUGCACAGCCUGGUCGAACUGCGCAUGCGCUACCUGAGCAUUAGUUUUCUAAAGCCUUUCUCCUUCAAGAGGUUACCUCGUCUCCGCAGACUAGAGAUUGAUUACUGGCCCUGGCUGGACACGCUACCCCCCCUCUCCCUGCAUGGACUCAACCUUACAAUGUUGUUCAUAACUAACACAAACCUGUCUGCCUUCCCCGGUGCAGCGCUGCGUAACCUGCCCUACCUCACUCAUCUCAACUUGUCCAACUGCCGCAUCCAGCACAUCCAUCAGGGUGAGCUGGGCCAACUCCCACAUCUGCUGGAGCUCCGCCUCCAAGGGGCUCAGCUACUUUCUAUUGAGCCGUUUGCAUUUGUGGGCCUCAAAUCGUUGAAACUAUUGGAUGUGUCACAGAACUGCCUCGACUCUCUGGAGAGGGGAGUGUUUGCCUCACCAGAGAGCCUCCAGAGGCUUUGUCUGGGAGGAAAUCCAUUAGUGUGCGACUGCAGAUUGCUUUGGCUGCUCAAUAGCCACAAGCCCCCAUCUCUGCAGAUUCUGGAUGUCCAGCCUGAGUGCACCGCCCCCGAGCACCUCCUGGGAAAAAAUCUGCGCGAUCUCAAGGAGCCUCUGGUGUCCAGGUACAUGACCUGCACUAAACCACGAAUUGGGCCCAACACGACCCAGUUGCUGAUGGCUGAUGAGGGUCAGCCCGCCCGCCUCAGCUGCAUGGCAGAGGGAGCGCCACGGCCCUCUGUGGUCUGGAUUACACCUCACAGACGCUAUGUCACAGCCAGGAGCAGUGGGAGGGUGGAAGUCCAACCAGAUGGUACCCUGGAGAUCAAGGCAGCGGAGCUGCAUGACAGCGGGGUUUACUUGUGUAUUGCCAGUAACCCUGCUGGCAAUGCUAGUCUGUCAGCCUCUUUAGCUGUGAAGGGCCUGAGCAUUGGGGACAGAUCUCCCUACAGCAACAGGAGCUCAAACUAUUUGACAGACUCUAACAGCACAUGGGGGAAUGGGACAGUACUGUACAACAUGACAGUCCCUAUAGACAUUAAGACUAUCAUUAUAUCUACAGCCAUGGGCUGCCUGUCCUUCCUAGGUGUGGUCAUAUUCUGCUUCCUGAUUCUGUUCAUCUGGAGCCGAGGGAAAGGACGCCAUAAGAGCAACUUUGAUAUCGAAUAUGUCCCUCGCAAAUCCAACGGGGCAGCAGCUGAGGUGACAGAAACAAGCGGCCCGAGACGGGUCAACAUGAAAAUGAUUUGA